UAGUUUUCGGCGGACACAACAUCUUUGUUUGUAUGUGGUGCUGAGGAUCGAACCCGGGCCGCACGCAUGCCAGGCGAGCGCGCUACCGCUUGAGCCACAUCCCCAGCCCUGACUUUCACCUUGAGGAACCACCUUGUGCUGGAGAAGAUGGGGGAGCGGAGCAGGAGAGUGAGGCUUUGGAGCCUGGAGCACAAGAAAGGUGGCCAGUCUGCCUGGCGGCUGGGCAUGGACAGGGAAAGGAGGAAGCCAGGGUGACCUCAGGAGCCCCUAGGUGGACAGUGGUGGCACAGCUGAGACGGGACCCCAGGGGGAGGGGUCAGAGCUUGGUCCCGGCAGUGGGUGUGAGGAGGGGUCGGGAGCCAGUGCACUGUGGGUGCGCGCUAGAUGCUGAGUGGGGAGCAAGCCACAGCCCCGAGCAGCACUCGGAGUCCCGCUGUCAACAGCGCAGGAAGACAGCAUGUUGCGUACGUUGCCUUGGACUGACCUGGCUGUCGGCUUGCGUGUGUGUUGUGAUCCCUGUGCCGUAGCUGACACAGCAUGAAGCAGGGUCCUUUGAGCUCACCCGAUGGCCUCCAGGCCUCUUGGAAACCUGGCCGUGUGCCUCUUGAUUGUUACUUUAACCUCCUUUGGAGGCAUUCCAAGCCUCCAACGUCGUCUCCUCCAUGAAGCCUCCCCUGUCACCAUUGAUGUCCCCACCUGUCCUGGUAGAAUGGAGUUGUCCUCGCUGUCCCUGGGGGUGGGCCUUACCAAGGGCAGGGGUCAUGCCUUGUUAACUGGCUUCCCUUGGCUCCUGGCACUCACAUUGGUGGGUGAGGGUGUGGCUGAGUUCACACGUCCUGUUUGGGCCUAGUGGAAGGGUGCCUGUCUGGGCAAGACCUGCCCCAGUACCCACUGUCUCCAUCCCUGCACAGAGCUCGGCCAGCUCAGGCAGGCGGGGCUGCGGUCAAGGAUCCCUCACUGUGUUCCUUCCCAAGGACAGAGUUAGUGGCACAGAGGCUAAUGGCCCACUCCUUACAUGCAAGGUAGCCCCAACUGCCCCGUGUGAGGAGCACUCCUUGGACCAGGGUAACCUCAGCUUCCCCAUGUGUGGGAAACCUUGGUCCAGAGUGGCCUAGGUGUCCUGUUGGGACAAGGCCACAGCACUCUGCUCUGGCCACAGGGAUGAUGCCAACAUACAGUGCAUUUUUUGACAUGCAUUCAAAAAUUUCAGGCGUCCGUGGGUAGCCGCAGUAGUGUGAGACUGGAAGCCAGCUUGCUGUUGCUGGCCAACCAGGGAAGGCUCUACACGUGGUCAGCUGGUGGGGAAGGACCCAGAGGCUUGCAGCACAUGGCCGGGAUGGUUCUACACUCCUAAUGGGCAGGAAGGUCCCUCUCUUCACCCUUCUUCUACCGAAGGGAGCUGAACUUGGCAGUUCAGUCACUAAGCCCGGUGCAUGCUGGGCUGUGGCUGUAUUGGAUUGGGGGAGACAGAGGAAUGCCGAGGGCCCUGCUCUCGCUGCUGCCUUCUCAGCCCCCUUCUCUGUUGGUUCAGCACUUCCUAGCUGCACUGUAGUGCUGCAUCAGAAACCAGGGCUUAGAGACAGGUAGGCCCAGGAGCCCCUGGAGGCUACCUCACAGCGGACAGCAAGAAAGGCCCAGUGGGCUACUCGGGAAGGGAAAAGGCCUCUCAGAGCCGCUUUAUGGGCCCUGGAAUCAUUGCUGAGUAAAGUCCCUGGGGGAAGUUGAGCCCAAAACUCUGCAGGGAGACUUGCCACUGUGUGGGGGUCACUGCACCUUCCCCAGGAGCUCUUCUUGCUCCUCUUCCACCAUCACAAGCCUCUUCAGAGCGCCCUCAGGGGCUACAUGCACUUGUUUUUUAAAUGUAUUUAUUUUUUAGUUGUAGGUGGACACAUAUCUUUAUUUCAUUUUUAUAUGAUGCCAAGGAUUAAACCCAGUGCCUCAUAUGUGCCAGGCAAGCGCUCUAUCUCGGAGCCUCAACCCCAGCCCCCACUUUUUUUUUUUUGUAAAUACUUUUUGUUCUUUUUAGUUCUAUAUAACUUUAGGAUACAUUUGACAAUCGCAAAAGCAUAGAAUAUGAUUUGCUCCAAUUCAAUCCCCAGCACUUCCUCCUUCCCUUCCUCCCCUCCUUCUAUUCUACUAUCUUCCUGUAAUUUACUUAUAGAUUUUUUAAAAACUAAUAUGGUGUGUCUGUAGUGAUGUUGUGGUUCAUUGUGCUGUGCUCACAUAUGUGCUUAAAAUUUGUUCAGGUUGAUUCCACCCUCUUCCCUUUCCCAUCCCUUCUUCCUUCUGAAUGCCUUGUCUGCUCUACUGAUCUUUCCUCUAUUUUGAUGAAACUUUCUCUCCCUUUUUUCCCUUUAUCUUUUUCUUUAUUUGUGGCCCCUCCCCUCAUUUUGGAUUAGUUUUCACAUACCAGAGAAAACAUUCAACCUUUGACUUUUUGGGGACUGGCUUAUUUUUCUUACCAUGAAAGCCCUGGGUUCCAUCCAUUUACCAACAAAUGCCAUGAUUUCCUUCUUCCUGACGGCUCCCCGGUGUGUAUCCACUCAUCUGUGGAUGGCACCAAGGUUUGUUCCGCAGCUAGUUUUUUGAGUUGGGCCACUGUAAACAUGACGUGGCUGUGUCACUGCAGUAUGCGAUCAGAAAUCUUUGGGGUGCGCAGGAGAGGGAUGGCUGUAUCAUGUGGUGGUCCUCUUCCUAGUUUUUCAAGGACUCUCCAUCCUGCUACCCGGGUGCUUCCUUUUCUCAUUGCACUAAUUUGCAGUCCUACCUAAAUACCAAAAGGUGUGGCAUACCUUGUCCCCACUUUCUUGCCAACAUUUAUUAUCUGUAUUCUUGAUCAUUGCUGUUCUGACUGGAGUGAGGUGAGUCUCAGUGUAGUUUUGAUUUGCAUUUCCCUCGUUGUUAGAGAUGUUGAACAGUUUUGAUGUAUUGUUGAUUCGUAUUUCUUCUUUUGAGAAGUUCAGUCUUUUCACCCUUUUAUUGACCGGUCAUCUGGUGUUUGGUGUGAGUGUUCUGAGCUCUUCAUAGAUCCUGGACAUCGACGCCCUGUCUGCACUUUGGGGUCAUCUUCCAUCUCCCUGCACUCUCUCCUAACUGGUAUGACACUCAGACCCUCACCCUUGAACCUCGCGCUUGUGUCGUCUUUGGCCACUUUACUGCCACUGCCUCCCCUGGAGCACUGGGUGCCCUGAGGCAGGGGCCAGUGGCACUGCAGCAGAGCCCAGCUCAGGGCUGGCAGAGACUGGAGCUGGGACAGCCGCAGAGGAAGUGGCGAGGAGCUGGCCCUCUGUGUGCUGUGGCUGGGGACCAGGUGUCACGUCCUUCACUUCUGUCUGUGGUCUCUGGAAACAGUGAGAGGGCAAAAGUCUUCUGCCAAGCGCCCCUCGUGCUUCCCAGGUGCCAGAGCCAGGUGUCUCGUCUCUGCCGAGGGGGAGCAUAGCAGGGGUUGGAGUCAAGCUGUGGGACUGAGUGUCAGCCCUUAAAUAUUGUCUGCCUGAAUCAAAGAAAGGAGCUGGUAAAAAUGAGUAGUUUUAAAAGCUCUCUUCAUUCCUGUGAUACCCAGUGUCGAUAAGGUUGUAAUGGAAUUGAUGUAGUUGUAUGAUGUUUUUGUAGGUAACUUUUUAGGAAGACGAAUAGAGCAUGAGCCCUGUGAUGAGUCGUUCAGUUGGAGAAGCUGUUAGGAAAAUCAUUUCCCACGGAAAACAAAGGGUGCACAGAAUGGUCUGUGGCACCAUUUUAUAAAGUAAGGGGCCACAGGGAACAACCCCGAGGCCCGAGAGAGUGGAAAGGCUGGCAAGCCUGAGCAUGCCCCCCCGCCCCAUGGGAAUUAGGAGCCACUGAGGUGGUGAACUCACUGUGGCGCAGUGUGGAAAUUGAGCGAGUCACUGUGGUGCCCCACAGGUCACAUGCUGGCCUCCUGACCUGCUGUGCAGUGCUACUAGGAGGUGGGCCUUCAGGGGCCGGUGAGGUCAUGAGGGUAGAGAACACACACAUGGGACUAGUGCCCUUAUAAAAGAGACCCCCACCCCAGAACUCCUUCACCCCUCCCAUGCAAGGCCCUAGCAAGAAGGUGCCAUCUGUGAACUAUAAACGGGGCCUUUGCCAGACAUCAUCUGCUGGCACCUUGAUCUUGGACUCCCAGUCUCCAGAACUGGGAGUAAUAAAUUCUGUUGUAAGGCGCCUGGUGUGUGGCAUCUAUCAUAGCCCCCCCGACAGACUGAGACACUCACUUAUCAGCAAAAAGCAUCUGUACCAAGAUGUCCGUACGCUGACUGUACUCUCCAGAAGGCAGGUGUUUGUGGUGACAAUUGUUGGCAUGCUGAGUCCUGCACGUUCUUUUUGUCCAGGCCAGUGUCUUUCAAAUGGAGCCCUUAGAUUUUCUAGAGCUCCAGCAAGAGAAGGCCUGAGCUGAGGGGGACACUAGUGGGACUCAGGACUGUGCCUGUCCCUGUGCCUCCCAUUUCUGCUGUCGGAAGUCACUGCGCUUGGUAGAUGCUGCAGUCUCUUCUCUGGGGCUGUUUGGAGAGCUGGGAGGCAGACUGCUGCUCCCUGGCCCUGUCCUGUCUUUGCGGCGGUUCUGUUGCUCCUGGCCUGGAUUUUACAGACCCAUGAGGAGAGAGAUGGAAAUCCCAUUUGAGGAAGUCCUGGAGAAGGCCAAGGCUGGGGACCCUAAGGCACAGACAGAGGUGGGAAAACACUACCUGCGACUGGCCAGUGAUGGGGACGAAGAGCUUAACAACUGCACAGCCGUGGACUGGCUGAUCCUGGCCGCCAAACAGGGCCGGAGGGAGGCGGUGAAGCUGCUGCGCCGGUGCCUGGCCGACAGGAAAGGCAUCACUUCCGAAAAUGAGCCAGAGGUGAAGCAGCUUUCCUCCGAGACUGACCUGGAGAGGGCUGUGCGCAAAGCUGCGCUGGUCAUGUAUUGGAAGCUCAACCCCAAGAAGAAGAAGCAGGUGGCUGUGUCGGAGCUACUGGAGAAUGUGGGCCAGGUCAACGAGCAUGAUGGAGGAGCGCAGCCAGGCCCUGUCCCCAAGUCCUUGCAGAAGCAGAGGCGAAUGCUCGAGCGCUUGGUCAGCAGUGAGUCCAAGAACUACAUCGCCUUGGACGACUUUGUGGAGAUCACCAAGAAGUACGCCAAGGGCAUCAUCCCCAGCAACCUCUUCCUCCAGGAUGAUGACGACGACGAGCUGGCUGGGAAGAGCCCCGAGGACCUGCCACUGCGCCAGAAGGUGAUGAAGUACCCCUUACACGCCAUCAUGGAGGUCAAAGAGUACCUGAUCGACGUGGCCUCCAAGGCAGGCAUGCACUGGCUGUCCACCAUUGUGCCCACCCACCACAUCAAUGCCCUCAUCUUCUUCUUCAUCAUCAGCAACCUGACCAUCGACUUCUUUGCCUUCUUCAUCCCCCUGGUCAUCUUCUACCUGUCCUUUGUGUCCAUGGUCAUCUGCACCCUCAAGGUGUUCCAGGACAGCAAGGCCUGGGACAAUUUCCGCACCCUCACUGACCUGCUGCUACGCUUCGAGCCCAACCUGGACGUGGAGCAGGCCGAGGUCAACUUCGGCUGGAACCACCUGGAGCCCUAUGCCCACUUCCUGCUCUCUGUUGUUUUUGUCAUCUUCUCCUUCCCACUGGCCAGCAAGGACUGUAUCCCCUGCUCGGAGCUGGCCGUCAUUGCUGCCUUCUUCACCGUGACCAGCUACAUGAGCUUGAGCAGCUCGGCCAAGCCCUACACCAGGAGGGCCCUGGUCACUGAGGCGGCUGCUGGGCUGCUCUCCCUUCUGCCCACCAUGCCCGUGGACGGGCGCUACCUUAAGGUACUUGGGCAGACCUUCUUGACUGUGCCUGUCGGCCACUUUGUUGUCCUGAACGUCAGCCUACCCUGCCUGCUCUACGUCUACCUCUUCUACCUCUUCUUCCGCAUGGCCCAGCUGAGGAACUUCAAGGGCACCUACUGCUACUUGGUGCCCUACUUGGUCUGCUUCAUGUGGUGUGAGCUCUCUGUGGCCAUCCUGCUGGAGUCCACUGGCCUGGGCCUGGUCCGCGCCUCCAUUGGUUACUUCCUCUUCCUCUUUGCUCUCCCCAUCCUGGUGGCCGGCCUGGCCCUCAUGGGCGUGGUGCAGUUUGCCCGGUGGUUUGUGUCCCUGGAGCUCACCAAGAUCUUGGUCACCAUGGCAGUCUGCAGCGUGCCCCUGCUGUUCCGCUGGUGGACCAAGGCCAGCUUCUCUGUGGUGGAGAUGGUCAAGUCCCUGACGCGGAGCUCCAUGGUCAAGCUCAUCCUGGUGUGGCUCUCGGCCAUCGUGCUCUUCUGCUGGUUCUACGUGUACCGCUCGGAGGGCAUGAAGGUCUACAACUCCACGCUGACCUGGCAGCAGUACGGCUUCCUGUGCGGGCCCCGGGCCUGGAAGGAGACCAACAUGGCACGCACCCAGAUCCUGUGCAGCCACCUGGAGGGCCACAGGGUCACGUGGACAGGCCGCUUCAAGUACGUCCGGGUGACGGAGAUCGACAACAGCGCCGAGUCGGCCAUCAACAUGUUCCCGUACUUCAUUGGCGACUGGAUGCGCUGCCUCUACGGCGAGGCCUACCCGUCCUGCAGCCCCGGCAACACCUCCACGGCCGAGGAGGAGCUCUGCCGCCUCAAGCACCUGGCCAAGCACCCCUGCCACAUCAAGAAGUUCGACCGGUACAAGUUCGAGAUCACGGUGGGCAUGCCGUUCAGCAGCAGCACCAACAGCACCCGCGGCCACGAGGAGGACGACAUCACCAAGGACAUCGUGCUGCGGGCCAGCAGCGAGUUCAAGAGCGUGCUGCUCAACCUGCGCCAGGGCAGCCUCAUCGAGUUCAGCACCAUCCUCGAGGGCCGCCUGGGCAGCAAGUGGCCCGUCUUCGAGCUCAAGGCCAUCAGCUGCCUCAACUGCAUGGCCCAGCUCUCGCCCGCCAGGCGGCAUGUGAAGAUCGAGCACGACUGGCGCAGCACCGUGCACGGCGCCCUGAAGUUCGCCUUCGAUUUCUUCUUCUUCCCGUUCCUGUCGGCCGCAUGAGCAGCCGCCGCCGCCGCAGAGGCACCAGUGCAUGUUGCUGUGAGGCCUCCCGAGCACUGCCCAGCCAGAUGGCACAGCCCCGUGCCGCGUGUGCGUGUGCUCCCGUGUGCCGAGUGUGCAGACCCAGGGCUUCGAGGACCUUUGGCUCGUGUGUAGACUGCCCAGGGGUGACGGUGGCUGCUCCCUAGCUCUGCCCAUCUUGGAGGCCGAGCACUGCUGGAAUCGCAUGCAGUUUUUGCCCACGUCCUGGCCUUUCCCAGUGAAGCUGGGGUGCCAGGCUAGACCAGAAAGGCCCCGUGUCUCACGAAGCACUUUACAGGUGGUAUUCUCCCCCUCCCCCACGUCCGUGUACCCUGUUGGCUCUGGCUUACUUUUGUGUUGGGUUUGUUUUUUAAAGAACCAUUGCGUGUUUGUGUACUCCAUGAUAGCAUUUCUUAUUUAUUUGGUUAUUGCUAAGCCCUGAUGGCUGUUCGCCUCUCUGGGGCUGCACCGCUGCCUGCAUCCCAGCAUGUGAUCAAGGCAUGGCUGAGAGCUGGGCGAGGCAGCCAUAGGCAGGGCGUGCCACACUGGGCUCUGGGCACCACACCCUGCCUCGUGGCUUUACUGUCCAGCAGGUCGUGGAUAUGUUUGUGCCAGAUUGCCUGAAUCUACCAGGACUUGGAAAGCAAGGAGCACCCUGGGCAUCCCCACUGCUCAGGAAGGUUGGCCAUGUUCAGUACUGUAGAGCAGCUCAGAGUCCUCCCGCAGCCGAAAUAAAGAGCUUUGGUGAAGUCUGUA